AUUUUGUAUACGCAUAGUAAUGUGAUAGAAGCUCAAAUAUGUGUUGAAUGCUGGUUAAUAUGGGCAGGAGUUUCCCGAUCAAUAGCGAUAUGGCGUCGCUUACAGAGAAAUUCUUAGUUUUACAUCACUGAAACACUGACGAAUUACUGUAAAGGAAUAUUCUUCUUUGCGACCUUAUUCACAGGAAACAACCUAUAUGUAGUAAUACUUGGAUAAUUGCAAUACUUAAAUGGUCGUAGAAAAUGGAAAUCCAAUGUGAUAUUUUCACGUUGUCAAGGAAACGAAUAGCUAGGAAAUUACAAGGCGUUGUCUGACAAAGUGUCGUGUUUUGAAAAUGCAAGCUGUUUUGUGUUGAUAGCUGCGGGGUGUGUUAAAUAUGGAUCUAGAUUGAAUAUUUUAUAAAGUUUGUGCCAAAAAACUUGCAGUUGAAUUAAGAAGGAAUUAACUGUAGUUUGUGUAAGGAAAUAUAGUGGCAUUGCAGGAUGUCUUAACCUUGUUACUUCAUUAUAAAAUUUUAGAAUCAUUAAAUGUAGAACUAAAACGAUCAUAACUUCUUUCUGCUACAUUUUAUAAAGUUCAUGUACGUUAUCCUCGGCCAUGUUUGACCUCCAGAAACUAUUUACUGUCACUUUAGAUGCAAAUCGGAAUUAUAGCACCGGGAGAAUAAUCAACUAUCUGUCAAAUCAGACACAUUGAUGAAAUGUCAAUGCGAUUUUAUUAAUUGCUUAACGUGUAAUAGUUUGAAGACAACAUUGUAGUGUUCUUUUCCGUGGAGAAGACAAUAGCAUUCACAUGCAAUGUUAUCAUUAGCAGUGAUUAAUUGAUUUAUCGCUAAAUGUGUGUUCUCAAUCACAAUAGUGACAUUGAUGCAGAGGACUACAUUGCAUUCCUGUUACUGCUGAUAUUUCCUGUAAACCAGUUUGGAUGAUUGCAACAAAAGUUGAACCACGUAAACAACUAACGCGUACUGCUGUUGCGGACAGUGAUUUACUUUAAAAAUGUGGAAAUGCCAGUACCAGUACAAAUCAUUAUCCGUUUAACCUAUUAACAUCCUUGUAGUAAAAGAUAUUUGACGAUAAAGUGAAUGACUUAUGCAUUCCCUUAUAUAUGACCAAAAAGUUGACAUUUGAAUAUUUGUGAUUGGUUAAAUGUACAAAUGUACAAAUUCUAGAUGUACGACAAACACAUAUAUAUGGAAUGAAUUUGUCUAAAUAGUGACGAUUCGCUUUGCCAUAGAGGAACAUAUUGUUUACCUUGAAUAACUGGCACUAACGCAUAUUUAUGUAACACUAACCAGGCAUUUUCGCAGAAUGUGACGUGAGAGAUUCAAUGCGAGCGUGUAAUAGACACAGACCGCUUUAUACCCGGUAAGAAAUGGCGGUCACAGCGAUAGAUUUGAAUUUGGAAAGUGACGAAUUCGUAUUCUACUCUGGACAGAGGAUAAAGGGUGCUCUAGUUGUUCAAAUAUCACUACCCAUUAUCAUUGCUGGGAUUGAGGUUCGCUUCCGGGGCGCUGCCAGGGCGAAAUGGAAUGAAUCUGUACAGAACGGCCCACAUCGCACUGAUAUAGAACAUGAAAAAGAAGAAAUUUAUUUCGAUGAUAGAUUUUGUUUGUGGGGCCGAGUAAAUAGUCAGAACCGCUGGGACACACGAGAAACAUUACAACGUGGACGUCACGCGUUCCCAUUCCAGUACAGAGUGCCUGGAGCAAUUCCAUGUUCUUUUGAAGGUCCAGAUGCGCAUGUACGGUAUACAGUUCAAGGAAUCAUUGUAAGAUACGACGGGGAGCAUAUUACAUGCCGGAAGGUUCUCACUGUACUAAGGGAUUUCGAUCCUCGGAAAGAAAAUCCUGAUAAAUUAGCUAUUCCACCAGAGCAUCCGUUGGAAGACCACGCGGAACGGGCCAUUAGUUCUGUGUGCUGUCGUCCUGGUCGAGUCUCCUGCUCACUAUCCAUCCUGAAGCGUGCCUUUGUUCCCGGGGAGAUUCUCCGUGCAGAUAUACAUGUCCAAAACUCAUCCAUCCGUAAAUCUAGCAUCGUUAGUCUUCAACUGAAACAGAUGUUGAUAUACGGCGGUGUUCAUAGUCGUACUUUAUUGCUCUGUAACGAAAAGGUGUGUGACAGUUUACGCCCUGGUCAGCAUAGAUUAUGGAACAACUUUCCCCUUCGUUUGCCAUCUACAUGCCCAUCGAAACUUUACAUGUGCAAGGUGCUUGAUGUAAAAUAUUGCAUUGCCAUUGAGGCGACAUUUCCCGAUACAGUUCUGUACGCCGCAGUGCCUAUCACUAUAGCAACCGUGCCAGAAACAUCCUGCUGUCCUUUCAAGUGGAUUUACAAGUGUGAGUACCAGCUUUAA